GAAUGGGAACCUUACAGUUAGUUGAAGUGGAAGAUUUCAAGUCAUGGCGGGGCCGGCAGCUGAUCGGGCCCUUCAUGCGUUUUAACUGUAUCAUCGGCCCGAAUGGAUCAGGGAAAUCUAAUGUAAUGGAUGCUAUCAGUUUUGUGAUGGGUGAGAGAACUGCGAAUCUCAGAGUGAAGCACAUCAAGGAUCUGAUUCAUGGUGCUCAUAUAGGGCAGCCUGUGUCAUCUACUGCAAGGGUCAUCAUGCUGUAUGAAAAAGAAAAUGGAGAGGAGCUAUCAUUUUCCAGAGUCAUUAUUGGGAAUUCUUCAGAGUUUCGAUUAAAUGAUCGAGCUAUCAGUCGUGUGGAAUACACAAAUGAGCUUGAGAAAAUUGGCAUUCUACUGAAAGGAAGAAACUGUCUGGUGUUUCAGGGUGCUGUGGAGAACAUAGCAAUGAAAAAACCCAAAGAGAGAACACAACUGUUUGAACAAGUUAGCAACUCAGGGGAAUUGUCUAAUGAAUAUGACAAGAAGAAGAGAGAAAUGAUGAAUGCAGAAGAAGAAGCUCGGUUCAACUACAACAAAAAGAAAAAUGUGGCGGUUGAACGAAAGCAUGCAAAACAUGAGAAGGAAGAGGCAGAUCGUUACCAAAUGCUGAUAGAAGAGCUGAAAGCAAGCAGGACUCAGUUGCAUCUCUUCCUUUUGUAUUAUAAUGAGAAGUUUAUAGAAAAUUUUAGCAAUGAUCUACAAGCAAAUAAUAAAGCUAUAAAUAGUGAGCAAGUAAGACAGGCCACAGCAGAGGAAGAAGUGAGAGUCAAGAAAAAAGAGUUGGGUAAACUUAACCGAGAGCUGCAGCAAAUAGAGAAGGAGAUAAAAGUUCAUGAUUCUAAUUUGAAUGAGAAGCGACCCAACUACAUCAAAGCCAAGGAGAACACAAGGCACUAUGUGAAGAAGGUGGAAGCAGCUAGAAAAUCUCGUAGGAGCAGUGAAAAACAAUACGCCCUUCACCAGCAGGCAGUGAAAGAACUGGAAUUGGAGCUUGAAGAUGUGAAUAAAGUUUGGGAAGGGUUUGAGGAAAAGGCACAAGCAGAACUCAGCAGCAGAGGUCAUAGCAUGGAACUUGAGGAAAGCCAGAUUCAACAAUAUAAAGAACUAAAGGAAUUAGUGAGGAAACAACUGACCUUAGUGGCCCAUAUGCUGGAGAAGCUGCGAUGGGAACAAAAGACUGAUCGGGACAAGCUGGAACUGGAUCAAAGAAAUUAUAAAGAUUUGGAAAUUCGAAUUAAGCACACAGAACUGGAAAUAGAAGAUUAUAUGAAAAGAAUAGAAAAACUGGAAGAAUAUAUUAAUACAUGCAAGGCUUCGUUGUCUGAGCAUAACCAACGUGAAGAAGAACUGACUAAUGAAAUAGAGAGUGCUAAGUUACGUAUGGUUGAAGUCAGUGGAAAACUGAAUGAAGUGGCUGGUGAGUUGCAGAAUGCAGGGAUUGAUCACCGCGAAGGCCACCGACAGCAGAAGAAAGCUGAGAUCCUUGAGAGUCUAAAGCGCCUGUACCCAGAUUCUGUGUACGGAAGACUUGUGGAUCUCUGCCAUCCUAUCCACAAGAAGUACCAGCUGGCUGUCACCAAAGUCUUUGGCAGAUACAUUAAUGCCAUUGUGGUUGCUUCUGAGAAAACAGCCAGGGAUUGUAUUCGAUAUCUGAAAGAAGAACGAGCUGAGCCAGAGACCUUCUUGGCUCUAGAUUAUCUUGAUAUAAAGCCAAUCAAUGAACAGUUGCGAGAAAUUAAAGGAGCCAAAAUGAUGAUUGAUGUUGUUCAAUGUGUAUCUCCUCAACUGAAGAAAGUGGUACAGUUUGUUUGUGGUAAUGGAUUAGUAUGUGAGAACCUGAAAGAAGCCAGACAGAUUGCAUAUGAAGGAGCAGAGAGGCUUAAAACAGUGGCAUUGGAUGGAACACUGUUCUUAAAAUCUGGUGUCAUCUCUGGAGGUUCCAGUGAUUUGAAGUUUAAGGCCAGGUGCUGGGAUGAGAAAGAGAUUAGUCAGCUGAAAGAAGUCAAGGAGAAACUCAGAAAUGAACUCCGGGAGUUAAUAAAAGUGAAUAGGAAAGAAGCUGAAUUAAGGCUGUUGCAGGCUCAAGCCAAAGGCACAGAGACCAGAAUGAGAUAUUCCUUGAGUGAUCUGGAGCAGACUAGGAAAAAACAUCUGGCAAAUCGCCACAUGGAAAGAUCAAAACUAAAAAGCGGACUGGCCAACCUGCAAUCUCAAAUGGCUGUGGUGAGUUUAAAUAUCGAGGACAGAGCAAUGAAAAUGCAAGAGAUUCAAAAUCAAAUGAACGAAGUUGAAGAUAGAGUGUUUGAAGAAUUUUGUACCAAGAUUGGCGUAGCAAAUAUUCGUGAGUACGAGGAUGAGCAUGUGAAGCAGCUGGAAGAAAUAGAAAAGAAAAGAUCAGAGUUUGAGAAUCAGAAAACAAGGCUGACGAUCCAGCUGGAAUAUUCAUAUAGCCAAAUUGAAGAAGAUAUCAAAAAAAUCCAGAAGUGGAAGGAAGCUAUUGAAAAAGAUGAACAAGAAAUAGCCAAGUUAAAGAAGGAGGAGAUGCAGUUAAUGAGAACCGUAGAUGAAGCCAUGGUGAUACAGCGUGAUCUCAAUAACACGCUGUUAAUUAAAAAGACACAAGUCAAGGAUGCACAAAAGGAACUUGAUGAAGCUAGGAAGAAAUUAUCAAACAUUAGCAGGGAGCUUUCAAAGCUUCAGAAGGAGUAUGUAUCUGUGGAAACUUCAAUAGAGCAUAAAAGGCUGGAGAGGCACAAUCUUCUACUCGCCUGUAAAGUCCAAAAUGUACAGAUUGAACUCCUCCAAGGCAAGCUGGAAGAAAUUAGUGAGGGUAAACCAACAGGGGGCUCUGAGGUUUUAACGGAAGUUGAAAGUACCCAAGUCACAACAGGUGUGUUUGAACUAGAAGCUGCUUUUGAAAUAGACUACAGCAGUUUACCAACGGAUCUCAAAGGCCUCACAUCCCUUAAGGAGAUUGAGACACAGGAGAAUAGAUUGAAUAAGCUAUUGGAAGAAAAGGAGACAAUUUUACAUAGAACUGCUGCACCAAAUUUGAGAGCUAUUGAAAAACUGCAAAAUGUGUGGGAUAAGUUUCAAGAGUCAGUGUAUGCAUUUGAAUCAAGCAGAAAGAAAGCUAGGAUAUGCAGACAGGAUUUUGAAUAUGUCAAAAGAAGAAGAUAUGAUUUAUUUAACCAAUGCUUUGAGCACAUCUCAGUGAAAAUUGAUCAGAUCUACAAAAUGAUGUGUCAAAAUAGCAGUGCUCAGGCAUUCCUCAGUCCAGAGAACUCAGAAGAGCCUUACUUGGAUGGUAUUGGUUACAACUGUGUGGCUCCAGGGAAACGAUUCAUGCCUAUGGAUAACUUGUCAGGAGGAGAAAAGUCAGUGGCAGCAUUGGCAUUGCUUUUUGCUAUUCACAGCUACCGGCCUGCCCCUUUCUUUGUACUAGAUGAAGUUGAUGCUGCUUUGGAUAACACAAAUAUUGGAAAAGUUACAAAUUACAUCAGAGAUCAAUCCAGGAAGAACUUCCAAGUGAUUGUAAUCUCACUGAAAGAAGAAUUCUAUUCAAAAGCCGAUGCACUAAUUGGAGUAUAUCCAGAGCAAGGAGAAUGCAUGUCCAGUCAACUAUUGACCUUCGAUCUUACCAGUUACCCAGAAAAUACCAGAAGGAAAGAGACACUGCAGCCACAACAGGAAGACUAACAUUCAAUUUGGUUCAGUGUAAACAUUUCAAAUCAC